CCUCCGCUGCAUUGCUGGAGGCGGCAUAGCUGCAAAAGCACCAUCCAUGGAGGAGGCCAUGGCGAACACCACCACAUCAGCAGGUGGACUCGGAGUUGCACUCGACGAUGCAAAACGGCGGUCGUCGACGAGCGCCAGUGCUGCAACGCAGCAACUCGUCCACGACUGCCGGGAUGUGUUGCAACCUCGACUGCGCUGCAGUGCAACCUUGUGCUCCCGCGGAGGAGCUGCAGUGAAGCGCUCAUCGCCGGAGCUGCAAUGGAGCGCUCGUUGCCCGCCGAGGAGCUUCAAUGGAGCACUCGCGCGACGGCGGCGGAGCUGCAAUGGAGCGCUCGACGCCAAUGGAGGUGCUGGAAUGGGGUGCUCUUCGCCGGCGGUAGAGCUGCAAUGGAGCGCUCGUCGCUCGCGGAUGAGCUUCAAUGGAGCACUCGCGCGACGGCGGCGAAGCUGCAAUGGAGCGCUCGUCGCCCGUCGAGGAGCUUCAAUGAAGCACUCGUGCGACGGCGGCGAAGUUGCAAUGGACCGCUCGUCGCCCGUGGGGAGUUGCAAUGGAGUGCUCGUUGCCGGCGACCGAGCUGCAAUGGAGCGGUCCGAUGAAGCACUCGCACGAGGGGUCCAGAUGCUUCAUCGCAUCGCUCGCCAGCGGCUCGAUGCAGCGUCGCCGGCGGCUCUCGGGAGUUCGGUGUUUGCAAUGAAGCGUUGCUGCCACGCUGCGAGUCGACGCCGCUACAUGACCGGCGGCGAUGAUGCGUUGUGGCGGUGUUGUAGGGAGGCACCGGGGUGAUGCAGGGGGCAGCCGUCCACAGGGGUGGUGCUGCCACGAGCGCGAGCAGCGUUGCGGCAAUGGCAUGCGAGGCAUGGCGGCUGCGAUUGUGAGCUCGUCGGAGCUCACCGCCCUAUCUAGGCAUCUCGUCUCGUCGUGUGUGUUGAAUUUGUUUGUUGGCUGUGAGGCGAGAAAGACAAGGCCACAGAGGCGUUGUAUUUGCCUGAGAACGACGUGAGUAAGUUGAAUGAAUCCAACGGCUCGAUCGGACGGCUGGGUACCCGACUUAUUUCGCUAGGAAAUAAGUCGGCUGAUUUGUAGCAGCUGCCUUUCUUCUCUAUUAAUUUCUUCUCCAUUUAACGCAGAAUGUCUAUUCCCUGCCCUGUCAUUUCAUUUGGGGAAACACUUUCCAUCAGAGGUCUGAUUUCUUUCCUUCGUCAGACCAAUCUUAUACCAUUGAUUCCUUUUCCAUCGUAUGGCCGAGAACCUCUCCCUCUCUUCAAUCCAUGCGCUCAUUAAUCAACCCGUUAAUCAUGCACCCAUGGUUAGGGAAAUCAAAACGGAAUCAUAAUUAAUCGCUUGGUCGCUCCACCGCUGUUCUCGCCUUGUUCAGCGAUCCCUCCUGCCGCCGUAGCGCAGCCCAUCGUGCUGGAUCACAGCGCCGACGUCCUCUCCCAAAGGCCCUAACGGCCUUCAGUAACGGCACACCAAGGUGACCGGGAGCCUCACCAACGAUGCAGAGGAGGUCGAUGUUGCCGGUGUCUGGCUGGGCGUCCGUUCUUCACAACGACAAAAACAACCAUGCAUCGUUGGUCCAGCCGACAUGCUACAUACGUUCUGUGCUUUUGCAUUUUCAGUCCGUAUAGAUUGCUUUUUUAUUUUUACCGUGUCAAGCUUUUCCUCGUCUCCAUGCUUCCUACGUGUAUGUAGUCAUUUUUAUAUAGCAUUUUUUCAUUCUUCCCGCGAGCUUCCAAAUCAUACUUCAAGUGCUUCUUCGGUUUAUGCAGGUUGCAUCCGUAUUUCCUGCUUCUUAUUUUAUAAUUUUUGUGUUAUAUCCUCAUUAUCACAUGUGUCUUCAUUCCAGGUAGUUUGUUCACAUAGUUCCAGCUUAUCAUUUUUAUUAAAUCAUUCACAUUUGAACGCACGUAUGUAAACAUUGCCCUUCUGCGCUACAUUCAUGCUUCCACUGUGUGUCAUGAAUGUUUUGAUAGAUCAAAUCAUUGCUUCAUAUAAGCCAUGAUUUCUACCUUUAUGUUUUGCAUAUGCCUCUAUGGCAAUGAUUUUUUUUCUCCGUAUCAAUUCUUUAUGCUUCCACAACCUAUCAUGUGUGCUGUGAUAGAUCAAGCUAUUCCUUGUAAGCUAUGCUUCCUACUUUUAUGUUUUUAUAUUAAUGACUCUUUUUUCUUUAUCUCAAAUUGUACUCCUCCACUGCCUAGCAUCUAUGUUGUGAUAUAUCAAAAUGUGUCAUAUUUUUCUCAUGUGUUUCUGUUAUACAAAUGUUUUGUGCCACACACUUCCAACCAUGCAUCAUUGGUUUUCCAAUCACCUUGUACUGCCCUCUCCGCCGACAUUGUCGAUAUGAUGGCAACAGAGGUGGUGGAGGUGGUGAAGGUAACAGAGGUGGUGGAAGCAACAAAGGUCACUGAGAUCUCGGUCCUUAUCACGACGCUGCAGCCCAAGACAAUACCCACGCUUCCCUGAUAUAUUAGGCCUGAAUUGUAUCAUAUUUUGUUGUAAUGUAAUUAAUAUGUGUUGUAUUAUAUAUUGGUUUCAUGGAAGUAGAUUCUCUAUUCUUUGGAAGCAAAUUUUCGUUUCUUGUGGAAACAAUGUAUAGCUAUAACGGAAACCAGUUCUAUUUUGAGUGGAAGCAAAUAUAUAAAUAUAAGCAAAAUUAAGUUGCAGUGGUAACAAAUCUAUGAGUCGAUGGAAAUAAGUUGUUGCUUGGUUGGAAGCAAGAUAAACAUUUAUACACGCAUUUUCAUCAAAUUGAGACAAAUUUGAUUGUACGCACCUGAAGCAUAUUAUUGAGUGGAUGGAAGCAAAUAUGCAUUGGCUCAAAAUAGAAUAUGUAAAAUAGAGAAAUAAAUCAUGUGGACAAAAUGAUGCAUCAAUCUUGGAAGCAAACUAAUUAUGGUGAGCUUAAUUAGGAAGCAAACAAUUGUUUGGAAGCGGCAAUAUAUAGAAAUGAACUGCCACUGGCCCACCCCGUAAAAAAAGGGGCAACCACCGGGCCAUGCACACUAGCAGUUACGACGAAGCAGCCAAUUAAGGCUUCAAUCCAGCAAAUCAUGCGGCGGAGUUUCCUGACAGAUCGGACGUUGGUGGUAAAUUCGAUCGAACGGUCUAGGACUAGUCCGAUGGGAAGAGAUCAUCAGUAGUCUCAUGCCUAGUGCUUCCCACUUUCAUUUGGGUGGUUCUGCCGUAAAUUAUGGAAAUAAAAAAAAUCUAUGAAGACAAAAAAAA